AUUGUGAUUACUGAUCACUGAUAAUCACUCCCGUGAGAGGAGAGAGAAUUUGCUGAAAUCAAGUGCUUUACCAAUUUGAAAAAUAUGAAAUUAUGUGCAAAAUCCAAUAAUGCAAUUCAAGAUUCUAACAAAUUGAUUCAAGCUCAGAUUGGAAUUGCCAAUUAAAAACCCAGAAUUUUACAAUGCAAGUAAUGAAGGAUAAGUGUGUGUUAAUUAACUUAAUUAGUUCUGAAAGGCGCAAGAAGGCGCGCGCUUUUGACGUAAUGUGGGCGCAAGGCGAGACGCUUGUGCGCUUUAUGAUUUUAUGCGCGGUUGAGUACUUUUUUGAGGGGAGCCACCGAUUUUUAUUUUUUGAAAAAAAUUGUGUAUCGAAAAAAGAGAUAACAUAACCCUCCUUUGGAUAUCAAUUCUCUCUUCUCCAAUAGUCGGGAAACCCUAGCUACUCCCUGCCGCAACACACUAGCAUAGUUCAGCAGUUAUUCUCUUAGUCGCCUCGCCGUUGAUUCAGAGAAUGAGUUUGGGUAAUUUCGAUUUGUUGGUAUCCUGUCCUGGUUCAUUGGAUCCUAAAGAUCCGGCAAGGAAAUAUGGGAGACCAGAUCCUAAUAAUAGGAACAAUUUUACUUGUAAUUUUUGUGGUAAAGUAACAAAGGGAGGGGCGUAUCGUUUAAAGCAGCACCUGGUUGGAGGAUUUAGGAAUGUGACCAAAUGUUAUAGUUGUCCGGAACAUGUAAAGGAGGAAGUCAAGUUUUUUAUGAUAAAAAAGCAACAAGCAAAGGUAGGUGGUCAGAUGUUACCAAGGGUAACUCAGUCUGAUGUUGAUGGUUGUAAUGAUGAUGAAGAAGAUUGUGAGACAUUGAACUCUAAGGGAGGUAGCUCAGUUAAAGCCACGUCUAAAAGACCAAGACUAAAGGGUCCGAUGGACAUGUACUUUACUCCUAUUCCUGAAGAUGCAAUCAGUGGUAGAAAGAAUGGAAAUGAAGGGAGGCAGCGUGGCAGUUUUUCCAUUUGUAAUGAGGAGUCUAGGGAUAAAGCUUGUAGAGAAAUAGCUAGGUGGUUUUAUGAUGCGGGAAUUCCAUUUGAUGCUGUUAAUUACGAAAGUUUUGGAGUGAUGAUUGAAUCAAUUGCACUAUACGGUCCUGUGUUGAAACCACCAAGCAUGUAUGAGUUGGAAGUUCCUCUCCUUAAGCAGGAAGUAGAUGAGAUUCUUAAGCAAAUGGAAGAGCAUAAGAAAGAGUGGGCACAAAGAGGUUGUUCAAUUGUCAUUGAUGGAUGGCAUGAUCCAGUUGCAGAAAGGGAUUUUGUUAACUUUCUAGUCAACUCUCCAAAGGGCUCCAUGUUCAUAAGAUCUAUAGAUGUUUCUGAGAUUGUGGGAGAUGUCAACAUGUUGUUUCAAAUGUUAGAUACCAUGGUGGAGGAAGUUGGAGAGAAUAAUGUGGUCCAAGUCGUGACAAGUAAUACAUCUAAUUAUGUGAAGGCUGGAAGAUUGCUAGAGGCCAACAGACCAUGUCUUUAUUGGACUCCUUGUACGACACAUUGUGUUAAUCUCAUGCUGGAGGAUAUUGGAAAAAUUACAAAAGUCAAAGAUGCACUGAAGAAGUGCAUGUUCAUCAAUGAAUAUAUAAAUAGCUAUGCGUCUCUUUUGAACAUGAUGAGAAGGUCCACAAAUCAAAGAUAUUUGCAUCAGCCGACGAUUGCUAGAUUUGCAUCAUGUUUCACCACUCUUGCGCAAUUGCAUAAGCAAAGAAACAACUUAAAGAAGAUGGUUACCUCUCCAGAAUGGAAUGCUUCCAAUUGGCCAAAGGAAGCGGGAGGAAAGAAAGUUGCGUCAUAUAUUUUGCAAGACACCUUUUGGAAGAAUGUUGUUUAUGCUCUCAAGUUGUCUGGGCCUCUUGUUAAGAUUCUUAAAAUGGUUGAUGAAGAGAAAAAGCCGUCCAUGGGGUAUAUAUUUAAAGCCAUGGAUAGUGCUAAAGAAGCUAUUGCUAAUAGUUUUACAAUGAAGGAAGAACACUACAAGACAGCUUUCGAGUAUAUUGAUGCAAGGUGGGAUUGUCAACUUCAUCUGCCUUUGCAUGCAGCCGGCUAUUUUCUUAAUCCAGAGCUCCAUUAUGAUAAUCCUAAUGUAUCAGAUUCUGAAGAAGUUAUGAUUGGUUUUUUUGAUUGCCUUACACGGUUGGUUCCAGAUUUGGAAAUUCAAGACAAGAUUAGUUGUGAAUUAGAAGCAUAUCGAAAUGGCUCUGGACUCUUUGGUUUACCCAUAGCCGUUAGGCACAGGAAGAUAAAAUCUCCCGCGGAUUGGUGGUCUUCAUUUGGAUAUUCAACCCCCCACCUCCAAAAAUUUGCUAUGAGGGUUCUUAGCCUCACUUGUAGUGCUACUGGUUGUGAGAAGAAUUGGGAUGGUUUUCAACUUCUCCAUACCAAGAAGAAAAACAAGCGUGCACAGAGACAAUUGAAAGAUUUGGUCUUUGUGAGAUGCAAUCGUGCUUUGAAUCGCCGAUACAGUAGGAAAGACACCACAAAUCCCAUUCUCUUAGAAGAGAUUGAUGAAUGUAAUGAGUGGCUACUCAGGAAAAAGGAUGAGAACUCUUGUGCUGAUGUAGAUGAUGAUUUUGUGUUUGAUGAUGAUGAUUUAACAUGGGGUGCGGUUGAUAGAGUUGUUGGAACCUCUGCUCCUAGCUAUGUCACUACGGCAUCAAGGAAGGUUAGGGAUAGAUCUAGGCCCUCAUUUAAAUCUGAUAGAGAAAAGGGUCAUGCUAGUUGCUCUACUCCCAAAACAUCUCUUAGAACUAUGGCGUUGGAUGAUGAAGAUGAGAUAGAAGAAGAUAUUGGUGUAGAUGAUGAUUACGUAGAAGAUGACGAUGCGUAUAUUGAUGACCUUAGUUAUGAAGAGGAAGCGUCAGACGUGCCUAGCAGAUCGGUGCAGAGCGGUGCAGACCCAAUCGCAUCAGACACACCUGGCCGCAGAGACCUACAGCUGCAGGGCACACCCAGUCACUUUCGGCGGAAUGCGGUUUACGUACGGCGCCGUAGGCGCUUCUAGGCUAGAGGACUGUGAGGGAGAAGAGAUCUGAUCUAAAUCCUAAAGAACAGCUACUGUGGAUGAUUCUUGCACAGGCUUUAAGAUUCAAGUACACCCGUAUAGCUUAUGAAAUGUCUGAAAUGUGGAUGAAUCAAAUGAAAAGAAUAAGGGAGACUGGUAGAAACUGUAGUACCAUGGGAGAAAGGGCCGGUAUGGAAGUCAACCUAGACACAUAUCUGUUAUGAUUGACUGCUUAUUAGUGGGUCUUUGUUAGAAAUGGUAAUGGGUCUUAACUCUCAAACGUCAUUUUCUUAAGUAAGUACCACUUUGUAAACCACUAAAGAACAUUGCGUCGUCUACAAAGUUUUGUCUACACUAGGAGGAGAUAUGAUAGUGGUAAAGAACCUUGAGCUAUGUCAUCUAUCAUCUUUGUACUCUGCUUUUGAGUUUUUGGGCUAACCAGCUAUGCAAGUUUCUUCAUCUUUCCCAUAUUAUCACUAAACUCUGCCAUUUCUGGUGAUACUAAAGCACAGGGAUUUAUGUGUUUCUUCUUCA